AGCCAUGAAAGCACAGCGAUAUAAAUUGCGCGAGGGUACCAUUGCAAGUCAGCAGUACCAUUCUGCCGCCCGUGCAACGUGAACCAUCACACAUGAAGCUUCUGAGUUUUUUCGCGCUCUGCGCACUCCUGCUGUUGGCGAGUGCCGAAGAAAAAAAAUCAGAAAAGGCCGCAGACAGUAAAGCAGUGGAAUCAGCCCCCGCGGAAAAGAAGCAGGACAAGAGGGGGCUCGAGCUCGGCUAUGGAGGCGGCCACGACUUUGGCGGCGGUUUUGAAGGAGGACACAGUUUUGGAGGAGGCUUUGGAGGAGGCGACCUUGGAGGCGGCCACGACUUUGGUGGCUUCGAUUUAGGAGACGUAUUUGGGGGUGGUGAAGGUGGGGGGCACGGGGGUAGUAUUGGAGGUGGCUCGGGGGGCUGGCAAGGUCACGAGCAUCACCAAAAGACUGUUACGAUAGUCAAGAAGGUGCCUGCGCCGUAUCCAGUGGAAAAAACCAUCCACGUACCCGUGGAGAAGAAGGUACCCUAUCCGGUGAAAGUGCCCUACCCGCAACCCUAUCCCGUGGAAAAAAAGGUGCCGUAUCCAGUCAAAGUACCCGUCCACGUUAAGGUUCCAGUCCACAAACCAGUACCUGUGGAGAAAAUCGAACAUGUACCCGUCAAGGUCCACGUAGACAAACCCUACCCAGUGAAAGUGUUGGUGCCCCAGCCUUACCCAGUUGAAAAAACCGUCCACGUUCCCUACAAGGUGCACGUACCCGCCCCUUAUCCAGUGGAAAAAGAAGUACCCUAUCCAGUAAAAGUCCCAGUGCAUGUACCCAAACCCUAUCCAGUCUACAAGGAGGUUCCAGUUCCCGUCAAAGUACCAGUCGACCGGCCUUACCCUGUCCACGUUCCCAAACCCUAUCCAGUUCAUGUGGAGAAAAAAAUCCCCUAUCCAGUAUUCAAGCCAGUACCGGUACCAGUCAAGGUAGCCUUUGAUCGUCCCAUUCCCUACCCAGUGGAAAAACCCCAACCCUACCCAGUUAAAGUAGCCGUCCCAGUCCCGUACCCGGUUGUGAAAAAAAUCCCCGUCACAGUUGAAAAACAUGUUCCCUAUGCAGUGAAAAUUCCCAUUUUCAACCCGGUACCGUACACCGUGGAAAAGAAGGUACCAGUGGAGGUGGAAAAACCGGUUCCCGUUCCAGUUAAAGUUCCAGUGGCAGUACCGAUCCACGAAGAACACGGGGGUGACUUUGGGGGCAACUUUGGGGGCGGCAGCGCAGGAGGCGACGAACAUUUUGGAGGCGGAGGAGACAUUGGUGAUAUAGGCGGACACGACUUUGGCGGUUUCAGUAGUCAAGGUGGAGAUGAAUAUGACGGCGAACAAGGCCAUCACUGAUUGGGCUGCUUUAUCGGUUUAAAUUGCGUCAGUAUUACUAUGUCCGUUGUUUAAUUUGUAUCUAUUGUUAUUUAAUAUAUAAAUUUAGGAAA